CUCACGGAACGGAGAUUUCUUGGUGCCGUGUGACCACACCGCGGCAGAUGUGCGGCAUUCUAUGGCUGCUAACAAAUCGUGAGGAGAUCCGCCUCUGCCGCACUUCGUUGCCAUGGCUGCCAAACCUCGAGUGUGUGACGCCACUGACAGCCGCCCACAUGGGCCGCCUGCUGGACGCCAUCAAGAAGCGAGGCCCCGACCACCCAGACGGACACGAAUGCAGCACCGACACAGAUGAAUCGUGCGGUGGGAAUGGCUUUGUGGUGGAUGCUUAUGGGUCGGUGCUGCAGCUGAGGGGCGAUGUGGCGGUUCGGCAGCCGCUGAGGAGGAGCCAAGACGGCGAUCAGCUGCUCUCAUGGAACGGGGAGAUCUUCGGAGGGCUGCGGGUGGGGGAGCACGACAACGAUGCCCAACGGCUCUUCGAGUGCAUCUCGUCCGUCGACGGUGGGGACGAUGAGGCCCUCAACGUGCUCGACGCCAUCCAGGGGCCGUUUGCCUUUGCGUGGCUGCGAAGGCAGGAACAGACGCAGCAGCUUUGGUUCGGGCGCGACAAGUUGGGGAGGCGGUCACUGAUGGUCGCGCUGAUCCUGUCGAUGCCGAGCUCUGAUGGGGUGGCUGGUGCUGGUGGUGGUGGUGCUGCUGCUGCUGGUGUGCACGGCGUCAUGCUGUCAUCCGUUGGUUGUCAAUUUGGCGACGUUGCUAGCUUCAGUGGUGAUGCCACAGCUGCUGCCGCCGAGGGCGAGGCCGCGUUAUCCCGAUUGGCUGGCUGGCCUGGCCGUGGUUAUUAUCUGAGCGAGUGGGUGGAGGUGCCCGUCGACGGCCUGACCAUUCUCUCUCUCUCCCACACCCACGCCGAGUAUGCGCCCUUGAUGACCCCGACUCACCGGCCGUGGCCCUCGCCGCUCCCCUUCUUCACACACGCCUUCUGGCCGCUGGCGUGUGUCGACGGCGAGACUGAAGCGGCAGUGGACGGCGUCAGUGUGCUGCGUGCCGCGUUGAUGUCGUCUGUGGCUGAGCGAGUGCACCACUUGCGGGGGCCCGAGUGCGGCGGGGAGGGCCGGGGGCUGGGAGUGCUGUUCUCGGGAGGGCUGGACUCGACGGUCUUGGCCGCAAUGGCUGCAACGGUGAGAGAGGGAGAGAGGGAGAGAGGGAGGGAGGGAGGGAGGGAGUCGGUGGGCGGGCGGGCGUGUGUGUGGUGGGAGAGGGUUGUGAAUGUGUGUGUAGGUGCUGGAUGUGGACACGCCCAUAGAGCUGCUGAAUGUGUGUUUCGACCCCAAUGAAGCACCCGAUCGGCUCACUGCACUCGCAAGGUGAGCAGAGCAGAGCAGAAGAUACACGCCUUCUUAAACACGUGUUCAUGUGUGUGUGCGUGUGUGUGUGUGUGUGUGUGUGUGACACGCCAGCUACGAGGAGCUGAUGGGUCUGUUCCCACGCCACGACAUCCGGCUCGUCUGCAUCGAUGUCGACUCAGGUCAGGCAGACGAAAUGAAUACUGUACCACUCAGAAGAAGCACUCGUCCAUCCAUCCAUCCCCAUGCAUCCUCAGGCACCUUAUCGGCUCACGAGUGCGCCAUCCUGGAGGUGCUGGGCUGCCGGUCGAGCCACAUGGACUUCAACAUCGGCGCCGCGCUCUGCUUCGCGAGCAGGUCAGUCAGCGGAGCACACGCCGACACACGUGAUCGAUCCAUGUGGGUGCAGGGGGGUUGGGCGUCUCGCGUCGCGUCGCUACAUCAGCGCAUCCUGGUAUCGAGAGCUGCUGGACGACGCAAGUAAGUCGGGGGCUGGGGCUUAAGAGGCCUCCCUCACUGACUCUCUCUCUCUGUUCUGUUCCAUCCAGCUCGCAUGCAAGGCAUCUGGGCGGCCGCAAAGAUCUCCCCUGAGGCCCCCGAUCCUGCUGGCGGUGGUUCUGCUGGUGGCGGCGGCGAGUCAGGGCCAUCGUCGUGUGUGUGCUGCCAUGCCAAGGCCAAGCCCGGGUGUGUGCACCAGACGUGCCGCCUCUGCUGCGUCAAGCUGCAACGAGCCUGUGCGCUGACGGAGACAGAGAUCGGGCUGACGCAGGUGCUCCCCUCUCCCUCCCCCUUUCCCUCCAGCCAACCGAGUGCUGGUGAGGUGUUGGCUGCCAUCCAUGCGAGAUGGACCGAAGCCGUUGGGCCGGGCAGGGCGCCGUCAGCCACUUGCCGUGUGCACAAAGAGAGGGGGUCAGGGGACCGGCAGCAGCAGCAGCAGCAGCAACAGGACGACAGAGAGCGCACGACGCCAUGGCGAUUCGACCCGCAAUGGUUAUAAUGGAUACCUUCUCUCUCUCGGCAUAAUUUGAUUGUCCCUGAGUGUGGCGUGUGUGUGCUUUCCUGCUUGGUAAUGUCAGGUACUAUGCCUCCUCAGAUGUGGUAUAUCGCGCUGCGAGCCGGGUGCUGCUUGUGGGCAGUGGUGCAGACGAGCUGCUGGGUGGCUACGGGCGGCACCAGACGGCCUGCAGACACAGCGGCAUGGAGGGACUCCGUGACGAGAUGCUCAUGUAAGCAAGUGGCGGGCAGACAUACACACAGACAGGCAGACAGGCAGGGGUGUGUGUGUGGCUUGGCUUGGCUGGUCUUUGAUGAUGUACUUGACGUGUUUUGAGCCCGUGCAUCUGUCUGCUGGGCGCUGCUGCACCACACAUCACAUGAGAUUGCUGAGAUCAGCCAGACAGCCAGCCAGACAGACAGACAUAUGCACACACGCACCCCUCUCUCCACCCCCCACUCUCUCUCUCUCUCUCUCUGUGUGUGUGUGUGUAUGUGGUAUAUGUCUGUCUCUCAGAGACGUUCGCCGUCUAUGGCAGCGCAACCUGGGCCGCGACGACCGGUGUCUGGCCGCUCACGGCAGAGAGGCGCGCCACCCCUUCCUGGCCGAGGACGUCAUCGCCGCCAUCGGCAAGCUGCCCUUCGCCGUCAUCAUGGGCACCGCCGACCACACCAAUGGGACGGGCGGGCGGCGCGAGGACAAAUGGCUGCUGCGGCAGGUGGCCAGGCAAAUGGGGCUCACCAGAUGCGCCCAGUUCAAAAAGGUCAGUGAGAGACAGAUAGGGACAGGGAUGGGCGACGUGGGCCAUCUGCACCUCUCUCUCUCUGUGUGUGUGUGUGUGUGUGUGUCAGCGUGCGAUUCAGUUCGGUUCUCGUUCGGCCAAGGAGACCAACCGGAGUCACUUUGAGAGCAACCGAAAGGCGGACGGCUCACACGCCUACAGACCCACAUCAAUCAGCGGAUAGCAGGAGGGGGAGGGGGUUUGCAUGUUCGGCGUGUGUCGAUCCGAUCCAUCUGAUGGAUCGUUGUGUGGAUAUAUGUGUGAGUGUGGUGGGACGAAGGGACUUGACAGCUCCCCCUGC